CGUGACUGGGCAUGCUUUACCCGCUUCCUCCUCUUGGUCGCGCCUGAUUCUUCGGUACAGUCGGUCGCUUCUUGGUGAAUAGUACGUGUGAGCAACGCCGUUUAUCCUCCACAAAGCUCAGAGCCGUGUAGCGGAGAGCCAGAUCGAAACGAAAAGGACAAGGCAAAAGAAAAGGAAGUGAAAGGGCUCGCAUCAGCACCAGCAUCAGCACCGACGAUUGCAACGGGGAUAUCCACUAAGCAUGGGCCUGAUCUCCGCUUCGCGCUCGCGCUCACCAGAUGACCAGUGUCCGCAAGAUGCUUGCCGGCAGUCUUCGAACCGCUGCUCUGCGGAUGAGCGGACACUGGACCUCGACGACCCUGUCGCGUCAGCGCCAGAAGACUCGGAGAAGAAGCAGUUGCAGGCGCAUAAGGCAGGCCCCGUGCACGGAAGCUGCAACGAAAAGGGCGCUGGAACAGCAGUAGAAGCCCUGGAGCAAGAAAAAUAUGAACGAAUGCGAGCGAAAAGCGAACACCGGUUCAAGCGACUGAGCUGGCAGAGAUUGGCCAUUUGCUUGAUUGUAGAGGCGGUGGCGCUCGGGACUCUUUCAUUACCAUCCGCGUUUGCGACGGUAGGAUUAGUGCCAGGCGUACUUCUCACCAUUGGUAUAGGCCUCAUCGUCAUCUACACGGCGCACGUCGUCGGCGCGGCAUGCAACAACUCUCCGACAGAAGUGCUGUCCUACGUCGACCUCGGCGAGCGCAUGUUUGGUCGCUGGGGGCGCGAGGUCUUCACAGUCAUGUUCAUGUUGAUCCAGCUACUCGCCUCGGCAAGCCACACGCUCACGGGCGCCAUCGCAUUCACGUCCAUCACCAAUGGCGCGACGUGCAGCAUCGUCUGGAGCGUUGUUAGCGCCAUUCUGCUCUUUGUGCUCGCGCUCCCGCCGUCAUUUACAGAGUUUGCCAUCCUAGGCGUGAUUGACUUUAUUUCACUCAUCGCAGCCGUGGUAAUCACCAUGAUCGCGACGGGAAUACAAGCGACUAACCUGCCAGGUGGAAGAAGCACGGUGGACUGGCACGCCUUUCCGCAGGAGAAGCCAUCGUUCGUGCAAGCCUUUGUUGCUGUCAGCAAUAUUGUCUUUGCUUAUUCCUUCAUCAUGGGACAACCAACUGUGCAAGCAGAGCUGCGCCAACCGAAUGACUAUAUGAAAGCCGUCUGGGCCAUCGGCCUGACGGAGGUCACGAUCUACACGCUGACCGGCUCGAUCAUCUAUGUUUUUGUCGGCUCGGGCGUCCAGUCCCCGGCGCUGCUCUCCGCCGGGCCACUCGUCUCACGCAUCGUUUUUGGCAUUGCGCUGCCGCUCAUCUUCAUCAGCGGCAGCAUUCUGGUCAACCAGCCCGCACGUUACAUCCAUCAGCGCAUACUCGGCGAAACGCGCCAUCGUUGGAUCUCCACCAAGACGGGCAUUCUCGUGUGGCUGCUCAUUAACGCAAUCUUUGUAGCCGUCGCAUUCCUCGUUGCACAAGCCAUCCCGACGUUCUCGUCAUUACUGUCGUUGACCAGCGCGCUGUUCAUCUCGAGCUUCAACUUCAUCUUCCCAGCGUUGAUCUGGUGGCUGCUUCUGCGCAAGGGCAAAUGGAACGACAACUGGCACAACAUCGUGUCGACCAUCAUCAACCUCUUUGUCUUCCUCCUCGGCGCACUGGUACUAGUUGCGGGAACAUACGCCUCAGUCGUGUCUAUUAUAGGCGAGUCCAAGAACGGUAGGCGCCCGUUCAGUUGCGCUCCACGCAACUGAGAGGUGCCAAUCUAUGUUGUGCACUCUCAAGUAUCAUAAUAAUUAUGUAGUAUGUUUAAGUCAAUUCACCAUGUGUGAGACAAACGAAGC